GUCACGUGUUCUGAGCGGGUUAAAGAGCCACGGGCGGCCCGGGGGACACACAUAGACCGGGAGAUGGAGAGCCGCAUCAUUACCCCGGGGCCGUACCGGGCCACCAAGCUGUGGAAUGAAGUAACAAAAUACUUUCGGGCGGGCAUGCCCUUGAAGAAGCACAGACAACACUUUAAGACUUAUGGGAACUGUUUCACGGCCUCGGAGGCCACAGACUGGCUGCAUCAGCUCCUCAGGAAUAACAGCAAUUUCGGGGCUGAGGUGACCAGGCAGCAGACAAUCCAGCUUCUGAGGAAGUUCUUGAAGAACCACGUCAUUGAGGACCUGAAGGGGAGAUGGGGCACCGAGGACCUGGAGGAUAGCCACGCUCUGUACAGGUUCCCUUCCACUUCUCCUGUAAAGACCAUUCCCAACCGGCAGCCUCUCUGGAAGCGAAGCAGCUUGGAGAAUGCCUUCAAAGAGAGGGACAAUAUGUUCAAAAUGCCGCAUUUCUCCAAGAAGACGCCUAAACGACAUGACUCUGUGGAUAGCCAGGGUGAACAAGAGAAUGAGCGGGUAGACAUGAUGAUGGAAGAUGAUCACUGUGGUGAUGAAAGUGGUCCCAAAGAACUUGCCCAGAAAGACAUUGAGGAUAUCUGGGGGAACAUCACCUUGACUUACCUGCAGAAAAUCCUGGCCUUGCCAUCAAUGGAUGAAGUGUUAAAUCCAGCUCAGAUAAAUCCGGCUCACAUCAUGUACAAUAUGACCCACACAAGCAAACACGGAGUGGUCUUUCUACAAGAUAAGACAGAUGAUCUGCCUCACUGGGUCUUGUCUGCUAUGAAAUGUCUGGCAAACUGGCCACGAAACAACGAUCUGAGCCAGCCUACCUAUCCAGGGUUUGAACGAGACGUUUUUAGAACGGUCGCUGACUAUUUCCUGAAUCUGCCGGAGCCCCUUCUCACCUACGAGUACUAUGAGCUCUUUGUGAAUAUUUUGGUACUAUGUGGCUACAUUACAGUACCCCACAGGCGCAACACGAAACGUAAACCAAAGAAGGGAGGUUCUAAGCCGCAGCAAUCUAAGCCUCUGCAGCUGGGCGAUGACAACUUUAAGUCCACGGAAUGCCUCCUCCUUAGUUUGCUGCGCAAAGUUCCCAACGAAGAGGAGCAGGAUCUCGUGGACACCUUUGGCGAGAUUGGCCGGGAGCACCAGGACUUCGUUCAAUGCAAUUCACGCAGGGCCCAGCUGCACGGCACCGUUGAAAGGCGGUCAAGGGGCAGCAGGGUAAUCGGCGGCAGCUGCCAGAAUCUCUCGGUUUCUGGAAACGAUGCUAGCGGGCCCUACCGAGUCCGGGUGCGCAGCUGCUCCUUGGAAGGCAUCGCCGAUGUGUCAUAUUCCAGUAAUGAUGCCAGCAUUGCUGACUCUUCUCCCAGUUCAAAUACUUGCUCUCCAAAUCCGCUGCCAUUAGAGGACAAUUCUGCACUCUUAGGAGAAAAUGCUCAUUGUUUGCCAUCUUCUGGCGGUCAAGCACAAACUCUGCAACGUUGGCCUAUCCCCGAUUCUAGAAGACUGCCUAGAUCACAAAGUCUGGGUGAUUGCCUAGGCUCUUGCUCUAGCAUAAACGCUCCCGUGGCUGAGAUUACGGUCAAACCCACCCAGUCUGCACAGUGCCGGCUACAGAAGCGACUGAGUUCUAUCGAGAUGAUGGACACGGCUGAUCUGGAUAUCACUGUAACCAAGCGCUUGUGUCAAAGUACUAUGGAGCUCUCCAGUUCCCCUCUCACCUCCAGCUCUCCUCUACUGCACGCUUCCCAGCCCUGCACUGGCACGCCAAGCUUGCUGCAGCCUCACCUGGAGAGAGUGGCUAGAGAUGCCCUGCAGCUGUGCUGCCUUCUGCUCCCACCUCCAAACCGCAGGAAGCUACAGCUGCUGAUGAGGAUGAUCUCCCGCAUGAGCCAGAACGUGGAUAUGCCGCGACUGCACGAUGCCAUGGGCACCAGAUCUCUGAUGAUCCAGACUUUCUCCCGAUGUGUACUGUGCUGUGCUGAGGAGGUGGAUCUGGAUGAAUUACUUGCUACCAGACUGGUCUCCUUCCUCAUGGACCAUCACCAAGAGGUCCUGCAAGUGCCCUGCUAUCUGCAGACGGCCGUGCAGGAUCAUGUUCAGUACCUCCAGAGACCUCGUGUGAAGGGCCAGCCUCCAGGCUUUUAUUUCUGUAAGCAGAUAAGCGCUCAGGAAUUUGAGGCGCAGAAAUUGGUGACGUCACAGGCUGCUAUUAUGGAGCUGCUGGAGAGUAUUGUGAGGGACAAAAACCUCUCUGUGAAGGACAAGAAGAAGAAGCUAAAACAGUUCCAGAAAGAAUAUCCUGAAAUAUACAAGAGCCGAUUUCCGACCACCGAAAGCGAAGCCAAACUGUUCGGAGACAAGCCAACUAUUAAGCAGCCGAUGUUGGUCCUGAGAAGACCAAAGUUCCGCAACUUAAGAUAUUGA